GGCUGUGAGCCGCAUGCGCGCUGCCCACUGCGGGCAGCGAGCUGGUUGUCGCCGGGGAUUCGGAUGCGGCAGCUACAACUUCUCUCCCCCAGCCGGGAGCCCGAGGAAAGAUGAAAUCUCUGAGAGGAAAAGACAUCUUCAUCGGCCAGGUACCGGGGCUUUAACACUCCCAACGUCUCCAUCGGGCUCAUGAAGCAGCAAGAACAGCAGGUUACAUAGAGACAGUUCAACCCUUCACGAUUAAAAGACCGCCUGGUUUCAAAAUUAAAGUGGAGGUUGGAAUGAUCUGUGUUGUAAAAGAACCACCAUUCUGAAAACUACAAUGGAAGCAAGAUGCUCGGCGGUUCAGACAGCAGGUGAAGAGAGCGAAACGUUUAAUGUUUCGGGACGGCGUCGUUUCACCAGAAAUGUUAAAAAGUUAGACGUGAAAUUCUCCAGACGUACCUUCAACGUUUUCGUUCUGUCAGCAUCACCACUGCUUGCUACAUUUGCACACUGAAGAAUCAGAAUCAGAACCAGGUUUAAUAUCACCAGCAUAUGUCGUGAAAUUUGUUACCUUGUGGCUGCAGUACAUGACAAUAUAGGGAAAAAAAUAAAUAAAUUAUGAGUAGUGCACCUUGUGCUCAGUACCUUUUUCUUGGCAGUAUCACAGUGAAUAAGGUGCAGUGACUUAUGGUGGGAAGAUUACUGGUGCUAGCUUCAGAGCUGCUGCCAUGGAAACUGUGUCAGGCUGCUGUAUUGUAAGGAACAUACAGCUGGAACUACCCACAUUAGCACAAGCCUAAAAUGGAAUUGAUGUCAAUUUGAAUUGAAGAUGCCACUCAUUAAGAGGAUCAUUGAACCACGGCAUCUAUGUCAUGGGGCCUUACCAGAAGGUGUCACUAGUGAGUUGGAAUGUGUGACGAACAGCACAUUAGCUGCCAUUAUAAAGCAGCUUGGUAGUCUCAGUAGACAUGCUGAAGAUAUAUUUGGAGAGCUUUUUAAUGAAGCUAACAAUUUCUGUAUGCGAGUUAACUGUCUCCAGGAGAGAAUUGAUUGCCUGGCAAUUAAAGUCACCCAACUAGAUUCCACUGUGGAAGAAGUCUCGCUGCAAGACAUCAACAUGAGGAAAGCAUUUAAGAGUUCAACCACACAAAACCAGCAGGUGGUGUCACGGAAUACUAUUCCAAAUCCAGUGUUGGAGAUGUUCCAACAGUGUGACAAGCCUCCACCUCUCAAUAUCCUGACACCGUACAGGGAUGACAGAAAAGAUGGGCUCAAAUUUUACACAGAUUCUUCCUACUUCUUCAAUUUGUGGAAAGAGAAGAUGCUGCAGGCUACGGAGGAUAAAAGAAAGGAAAAACGACGUCAAAAGGAACAGAAACUGGUGGAAGAUGCCACUCGCGAGGUGAAGAAAGUCCGCAAAGCGAGGACCAGGCGGCCAGAGUGGGACGUGAUGGGACGCGAUAAAGAAUUCAGAGCUGACCACCGGUUCUCUCCAUCACCAUACCAUGCUGCAUCUUCUGAAGGAUCUGUGUCACCAGACACCAGGUCUUAUGUAUCUGAUGUUGGAGAACUUUCUUAUCCUGCUAGUCCAAAUCAUCCUGUUCAACAGUCUGCAGUUUCUUAUGUACCUGACAAUAAGGAGCUGUUAACUGCUGUAACCCAGGCACAGGAUCGUGCAUACAGAUUACCAGCCACAAAUAUUCGGCAAACCUCACUUACUAGAGCUCAGCAACCACACCUGAUACAACCUGCUGAAGCCAUCCUGAAUGGGCCUAGACCUCAACUUUUAAAAGACUACAGCGCACAACCAGUGCAGUUGGCAGAGUACUACACACCACCUGUCCCUGCUCCUCCACCUCCACCCCCUCCCCUCAUCCCUUCAGCCCAAACUGCAUUUGACAGCCCAAUCUCUGCACCUAUCCCACUCGCACUCGGGUCAGCAGUGGCUGCAGGCCGCACAUACACCCCUUCACCUCCUCCGCCGGCGCCUCCGUUGUCUUACACCCCACCUCCUCCUGGCCCUCCUGCUGCACCGCCUCCCCCUCCACCUGGGCCGCCCCUGUUGGUCCCAUCUCCCUUGCAUACUGCCUCGCCGCCAUCUGCGACUGAAAUAAAGAAAGCCCAAGCAACUCUCAUGCCAAUCAGCGAUGCUCGGAGUGACCUGCUUGCUGCCAUUCGAAGAGGAAUUCAGCUUCGAAAAGUCCAAGAACAACGAGAGCAAGAAGCCAAAAAGGAACCUGUUGGAAAUGAUGUGGCGACCAUAUUAUCUCGCAGAAUUGCGGUAGAGUACAGUGAGUCUGACGAUGACUCAGAACUGGAUGAGAAUGAAUGGUCUGAUUAAGAUAUUUGAGUCGUGUUACUCGGAGUGACCCAGCCUUAGGGUUUUCUGCUUUGUUUUUCAACAGGUGGGGUGCAGGUACAUUUACGCACUUUAGGUUAAUGUACAUCUGUAACCACACCCAAGUAAAGCACACAUAAAAAUGUAAAAUAAAUUACAUUGUUCAUUGGCCUGCCUCUGGUGUAAAAUGCCAAAUUUUUUUUAUAAGCAUGGCUUCUGUACAUUUUGAUGAUUUAGAAUGUGCUUUUGUGAACACAUAUGGAUUGUAUAUUUCCAAUGACAUUCAGAGUAUUUAAACAAAUGUCUACAUCUAAUCACUGGCAGAAGUCUGAAUUUAGGUACUUUUAUUUGUUAAACAAUUUCCAUUUAAUACCAAAAAAAUGAAAUUACCCCAUAUUGUGCAUACACUAGAUUUUGGCUGCCCAUAUUUGCCUCCUCAGAAAGAAAAUUAUAAACCCAAAGGAAAUUUUACUGUUGUUUUAUAGUAUAAAUGACAAAUAUUAGAGUUCCUGUUUUAUAAAUUGAUAUUACCUUGAACCUGCUGGCAUUAAUUGAUAGUAAAAAAAACAAAUGGCUGGAAAAGCUCAUCAGGUUGAGCAGCAUCUGUGGGGGUGGGGGGAAGGAAUUCUCAAUUUUUGGAUGGAGACCCUGCUUCGGAACUGAGAGCGGAGAGGGAAGGUGGCCAGUAUGA